AUGGCCUGUGUGCAGUGGGUCUCCGCGGCUAUAUGCCCCUCCCCCGGCUCUGCCUCCGCCCUGGUGGGUCUGUGGAGGCCACGUGACAGCCGGGAAAGGUCAGGGGAAGAGCAUACCAGGCAGAAGGAUCGGGUCCUGGUGGCAGAGACCACGUCUCAGCAGGAGCGGCUCCAGGCCAUUGCAGAGAAGCGGAAGCGGCAGGCCGAGGUCGAGACCAAGCGUCGGCAGCUGGAGGACGACCGUCGGCAGCUGCAGCACCUGAAGUCCAAGGCCUUGCGGGAACGCUGGCUGCUGGAGGGGACGCCGUCCUCGGCUUCGGAGGGUGAUGAGGACAUGCGGAGACAGAUGCAGGAGGAUGAGCAGAAGGCGCGGCUCCUGGAGGAGUCCAUCUCCAGGCUGCAGAAGGAGAUUGAGGUGCUGGAGGACGCGGGCCCGCUCACCGCCGCUGCCGCCGGGGAGAGACCCGCCGCCCCGAGCCCGGCCAAGGACCAGAAGGCAGAGGUGGUGUUGGAUUCUCAGCAGGCCCCGGUGGGCACGCCCAAAGAGAAACGAGUCUCCAACACCCCCAUGAGGACAGUCGAAGGCUCCACCAUGAUGAAGGCAGCCAUGUACUCGGUCGAGAUCACGGUGGAGAAGGACAAGGUGACUGGGGAGACCCGGGUGCUGUCCAGCACCACCGUGCUCCCUCGGGAGCCGCUCCCUCAGGGCAUCAAGGUCUACGAAGACGAGACCAAAGUGGUCCAUGCCGUGGACGGUACUGCAGAGAACGGGAUCCACCCGCUGAGCUCCUCCGAAGUAGAUGAGCUCAUCCACAAGGCCGACGAGGUCACGCUGAGCGAGGCAGGGUCCACGGCUGGGACAGCGGAGACGCGGGGGGCGUCCAAGGAGCCCGUGCAGACCACACCCUCCAGGCGGGAGAUCACGGGAGUGCAGGCACAGCCGGGAGAGGCCACGUCAGGCCCGCCGGGCAUCCAGCCGGGCCAGGAGCCUCCGGUCACCAUGAUCUUCAUGGGUUACCAGAACGUGGAGGACGAGGCCGAGAGCCAGAAGGUGCUGGGUCUGCAGGACACCAUCACGGCGGAGCUGGUGGUCAUCGAGGACGCGGCAGAGCCCAAGGAGCCCGCCCCGCCCAACGGCAGCGCGGCAGAGCCCCCCACCGCUGCGGGCUCCAGGGAAGAGAACCAGGUGGGGCCCGAGGCCCCCGCCAGCGACCCCCAGGACCUCGACACGAAGAAGCAGCGCUGUAAAUGCUGCUCCAUCAUGUGAGCCGCCCAGCCUCCCAGCCCC